UUCCGGUUUCCAACGUGUUGCCUUUUUCGCUUCAGUCUACAUAUUUCGUCAUUGUCUUGCAACCCUUUGACAUACAAUUAACGAAAACUCAAACAGAAUUAAUGAUGCUGAUAGGAAGAGGAAAAGAAGACCGGAAGUCACGGGAGACUGAACUUUCCGGAGACGUUUCAGGGAAGCUUGACGUCUUGUUGAUGGACUCCGACGACGGAAACGAGCUCUCCUACGAGGGUCUGGUCGAAGAAGAAAAAGUAGAGGAGAUAAUGCGAGAGCUUUACAAAGAGAUUACACCACCUACUACCUCUUCAUCCAACACUUAUCCGCCAACAACAAUCAGCGAGAGCUGCGGGGCUUCGAUGUCCGACUCAUCGUCCACGGUGAUGGCUGGCAUUGAAUUCGUGGGACCCACCAAGAAGAUGCCCAACGUUUGCCGCAGACCGGAAACUGGUCAUCGGAGAACGAGUCGUGGAUAAUGAAAAUGGGGUUUGACGAUGAUAACGAUGUAGGGAUAGCCGGAGGUGGUAAAGGAGAAGCAGACAA